AUGCUUUCCCCGGACAGAAUCCUACAUGAACAGGCACAGAGCGAGAAAGAAAUCCGAACGCGAUUCCAGCACUUUGCCUUCAGCGUCGCGGAUGCCCUCGCUAACUGGGACCUGCCAGGUUCACACGCCUUUGACGGCGCUUCCGCCAAUUUCAGACGGCGAUACUCUCAGACUUCGGUGCUUCCAUCGCCCCUGCUAUGUGACUACUUGUCGUUCCUGUCGCAGCCGACCGAAAACCCUGCGUCGUGUCGAGACGUGCUGCUGCUGCUUCUGACUCUGUGCGCAAUCCCUUUCGCCGACGCUGCUCGCAGGGGACGGCUGCCCUCGUUGUUCUUGCGCUGGAAGUGUAACUUGACAGCCGACUCGCUCGCGCCAACCUCGUCGACGUCCGUCAAAGUACAUAUUGGCUACGCCCUUCCGUCCAUCGUCCUCUUCGUCAUCCCUCCGUCUCCGUUGCGACAUCUUCUCCAUCUGACCUUCCGUUCGGCGUUGGUGUCUGCCCACCACGCGCAACGCGACGUCUCGCGCACCUACGGCUGCAAGCUGUUCACCAUCACGUCCGGUAGUUCCCGAGCCUGCAGCGCGCAUUCUUUCCUCAUGUCUAGACCAAGCCUGGGCCUCCGCUCCAUCUCGGAGCAAGCUCCGCUCUACGACCCUUCCUCCGCUCCUCACUCGGGCUCGCGUUUGCGCGGCUCGCAAGCGACCAGCGGUGCUCACACAUCUACUGGCUCGCAGCUGCCCUACUCACCACUGCUUCCUCUCCCACCAGCUUCGAUGUCCAAGCUGGCCCCUCGUCUUCCCGAUGUACUCGACGUCGAGCAGAUCGAGAACCAGGAGCCAAUCUCCAAGCUCACUCAGCAUGAUAGACUCGCAGUCCCCGGCGCCCUCGCCGCCAGGCGACUGACACGACGGGGCGUGUCCGACGGCUUUGGCAUCCCUACCCACGACGUCCAGCGCAGCCGCAGCUCCGCCAUGAUGACCAGCUUUCCUUCAAGCCUCGGCCCGAAGGCUGCUCUCCGACUCGACAUUCCUGCGGCAUCCGAGCGCUCUGCUCAGCAGCCUGCGAGCAAAUCUGCCGGCAUGAUCCGAAGCUACUCGCUUCCCGUUGCGACACAGGAAGAGCACGACGAGCAGCAGCGCAUCAUGGCCCUCGGUCUCUCGCCUAUUGGUCGAUAUGGCGGCAACACGUCUUGGUGGCAGUACGGAUGGCCAUCGCCAGGCGGACUCAACUAUCGACACGUUCAUCGAAGCCCCGCGGUGCCCGAGUUCCCUGGCCAACGUCGACGAUCUUCGCAGUCGAAGCUGUCGACCGUCAUGACCCCCAUCCAUGCCGAAUCGGCUGGUGCUGCCGCGUCUCCGCAAGCGACGCCCUCUGCAUCGUCGCCGGCCGUCUCAAGGCCCAGUAGUCGAUCAAGCAAGACGCACUCGAGCUGCUCACCCAAAAUGAAGGCCAAGCACUUGCCGGGCAUCCACCAGCAUGCUUUCCAAACUUCAGCUACCCGCUCGGCUUCCUCCUCGCCCAAGAUGGGCCGCUCGCCACUUUCUACAAUGUCGAUCAACCUGCCCGCAGCUGAUCAGCAGCAAGAAUACGUCGACCCGCAAGAAGACGACAGUGAUGACGUCUACGACGACGACGAGGCCGAUGUCGCCGCGACGCCUCCUGAAGCAGCCUUUGACAUCGAGAUGGAUGCCCUCAACCAGCGCUUUGCCGAGUGGUCGCGAUCACAGGCAAUGGCGACUCCGUCCGCAUCCGCUCCCCGUCCCGUCGAUCAGGACGACUACUUCAACUUGGUCCACGACGAUCAACCGGGCAACGCUUCCCUGGGCGUCGGUGGCGGCAGCGACACCUCGGACGAAGCCCGCACUCCGCGAGCCUCGUCUCCUCGACCACUCUCCAAGGGCGCGCUCUACUGUCACGAUCAGAGUCGUGCGCUGCAGCACCGUGUCGACGACGACGACAGCCAGAGCCUUGCCCGAACGGACAGGUGGUCCGGGUCGUUUGACUUUAUUCAUCCCGAUCACCUAGCCUAA